AUGGGCGCGGCAGCGUUUUGCUUCAACGGGACCGAGGCGCGAGGCGCUUGUCAUUCAUCCCAACGCACAACCCGUAGCUCUUCUUCCACCUCUCCAGCGCGGAGGACCGCAACAAGGACAAGAGAGGCGCCGAGUACCAAUGGAGGCGGCAGGGCUCCACCUCUGGCACCUCUCGCAGACCUCACGAGUCGCAGAAUGCUUGCCUCUCCCUCCUCUGCCUCUUCGCUUCUGUCAUUGUCGCCGACGUCCUCGAGCUUACAGGAGGCAGUGUCUGCACCGGAGGCCUCCGGCGCGACAAUAGCUCGUCUGCGGGAUGGGCCUCCAAGUACCGCCGCAACGCAGUAUCUUGUUGCGGGUGACGGCACUAGUGAACAGCAUCGCAUAGGGCCAUUCACCACGAGGCGCCGAGUGUCAGCCACCACACGCGCGUUGUGGAGGGUAGCAGGGAAAGAUAAAAACGGGCGCAACAUCGGAACUGGAAUGGGUGACAGCGCUGUGCUGCUAGAGGAGCACACGGCGGUCUUGCUGACGGCUCUCAUGAAGCCCUACUGCUGCCUGAGCCAACGGAUAUGCGGUGCAUCCAUGGCGCCAACCUCCUCGCCGUCUUCGCAGGCGCUCGAUCAGCUGAUUGGCACCGUCGACAGCCGAGGCGGCGUUAUGAGCGGCUGCCAUCAGGGGCAUCACCGGAGCGCUGAUCCCUUGGCCUUGGUACCGUUGCUUGAGCCGUUUGUUUUCGAACCAGCCCAGCCAAGGAAGCGGAAGGCAGGCGCUCAGACUGCCCCGUCUUCCUCCGUGGCUACGUGGGUGCCCUCCAUGACGGCGUGCUUUGACGAGGGUCUUCUCUACAAGGUGGUGUGGAGGAGAGCCGAAAGUGCCGACACAGCUUUGACCAAGGAGACUGGUGGGGAGCGUGCUUACGUCAUCUGGUGCUUCUUCAACGCUACUUGUGUCUACACAAUGGAAAUUGACGUCCUUUUCCCCCUGCCGCCGAGCUGUACAACAGCAGAGCCCCUGUCACUGAAAACGCUGGGGACGACGCAGAUGGAGUGGGUGGACGCGCAGGAGGAUCCUGGUUCUCCGCUAUGGCAUCGGCAACGUUGCCUCGUUGCUCGGGUAACGUGUCCGCCCUGA